AGUCAACUGGAUGUCGACGAAGCCCGGUUGCCAAGGAUCAAAGGCAGAGUGUGGUGAAUUUGGCAUUAAAUUCGAUAUAAACAGGCGCAUUUUAGUUGCCAACAAAUAUAUAAGCUAUGGUGCACUGCAAGCCAACAAUGUCCCCUGCUCCCUGAAAGGUGCAUCAUACUACAACUGCCAACCUGGUGGUGAAGCUAACCCCUACAGCCGCCAAUGUUCUGCCGUCACCGACUGCCGGAGUUAAUUUUUUCGCCUCUAUUUGUACAUCUGCCUUCUCUUCCUCAAUUUACGACAUGGAUUUGGUACGUUGGACUCGAUAUGUAUGUAUACGAUAUUUUAAUAUAUUGUU